AUGAGCUGCUGUGUGGCAAGCCCUUCGGAAUUGCAGGCGCAGCUCAAUGAAGCUCAGCGUGCCCUGGCAGAUUCGCGCAAAGUCCUCUCUGCCACGAAGAAGGCGCUCGCAGAUGCGGAGAAAUCCCUCCGAGACCAAGCCGAGGCUUACGGCUGUCUCCGGCGAUGCUUCGAUGGUGCUAAUGCGCCGGUUGUCGCUGUGGAUCGGUACGGUCUGAUCACGCGGUGGAACAGGAAGGCUGAGGAGGUCUUUGGCUGCCCUUGCGAGUCAGCCCUGAGGAGACCGUUCUCCGAGUUUCUCGAGACAGGGGACCAGCCUGGUUUGGCUGACUUACAGGCGGCCAUCACCUCCAAAGCGAUGCUGUCCCCCGGUGGCGCGGCACACCUGCAGAGGCGCUUCUGCGUGCACUCCCGGGCGGCUGGGCAGCCGUGGCAUGAGGUUCUAUUCCUGGCAUCCAGCUGCCCAAGUGCCAGCAGCAAAGAUGCUGCGGGCGUGCUGUAUAUUGGCCAGGAAGUCACUGGCUUGCUCAAGAGCUCGCACUCCUCCGAAGUGACGCUUCAAGACCGCCUCAUCCGAGAGGUGAAUGCCCCUUUGAUUGCGGUGGACAGGUCCGGAUGCGUGGAGGAGUGGAACCGCGGAGCCGAACUUCUGACGGGCUUUACCAAGGAGGAAGCUGUCGGGAAGAGACUGGUUCAGAAUUACAUUGCCGACGAGUUCUCCGACUCAGUACAGACCAUGCUCUCACAGGGCAUGAACGGUCAGGAGAUCACGAAUUAUGAGUUUUCCCUGUGGACGAAAAGCGGGCAGCGAAAAGAUAUUCUUUGGAGUGCAACUGCCCGCCGCGAUCGUCAUGGAAACAUCGUGGGCGUGAUCGGUAUCGGCCAUGACAUAACUGAGCUACGCUCAGAGUCGAAGAUGCUGGCGAAUUAUGUCCGCAUAUGUGGCGCGGCGGUCUGGUCCCUGAAGGGGAACGCUAAGACAGGAGUCAUCACCGACAGCAAAACUCGCGAAAUUGAACACUUGAUCUCGCAGCAGGCGCAGAUGGACAUUUGUGAUCCACGAAUGGUGCUGUGGCGAGCAUCUUUUGUUUCGAUCUUGAAGACCAUGUGUCAGAACUUCUGGAUGAGACGGAAAGGGGUGCAAGAAGGGGUUCAUGUGCCACCGGAGAAGCUGGGGGAGAGGAAUGAGAUUGUCACAACAGACUUUGGCUACGAGUUCUGCUUCGAGGCCCCAAAUGGGAGCGUGAAGUGGUACAAGGUGCAGGGGCAUCUCAUUCAGGAGUGCACCCUUGGCAGCCAAUUUGAAGUCACAGGCUCUAUGCAGGAAGUCACUUCGAUGCUCAUUGACAAAGUCAUGGGUGACAGGUGGCAAAAAUGGUGGAGUCGUAUGUGCCAUAUGGUCUUUGAUGCCACAUUGCUAGUGGACACACAAGAGUACCGAGUGCUGAAUGCCUGGGGCGAGGAGAAAGUCUUCGGAUGCAAGCUGCAGUCGCACCACCCGCUCCUGCAGCUCAUAAAGCCCGAAGACACGGUCUCCCUGAAGGAGGCCUUCAACGAGGUGACUUUCAAGGGAUUUGAGCGCGGCCGUACUCUGCACUUGCUUCGACCUGGCAAUCAGCGAGACACUCCGGCACAAUGCUUUCUGCUUUCUGCAGAUCAGGAGAAUCCCAACGAGUGCAUGAUGGGCAUUCGGAUGCAGGUUACUGCUUCUGAUGAGAAUGUGUCCGUUCUUUGGGAUGUUGCAAAGCCAAACCCAGUGCUCACGCUCGAAGACUUGGCGCGGUUGAAAUCUGGCCUGAAACGAUCGCAUCGGCGUCCAUCGCGGAAUUUACGCAAUGUUCAUCAGCGAUCACUUCACCCCAGGUCGCGCACAUCGGACCCUAUCGCUUCCUCACACUCGCUGUCCAGCAUUCCCGAGGAUCUGCAUGGAGAGUUUGAAGAUGACGACGAUGUCCGAUCUGUCUCAGACAUGUCUGACAGAGGCUCCGAGGCAGAAAACUCCAUGGCCGACGACAGCGAAAGUUCGGAGCACAGCUCCACAUCCAACGAUGAGGGGAUGUCCGAGGUUGGCGUGUGCAACAGCAGCCCGGCAAGAUCUGCCAGCGAGGACUUCGUGCCGGGAGCUCCGCACGACUGGAGCACGAAUCCCUUCAACCUUUCACCGAAGAAGGGUCGAUUGCUGCUAGAUGCGAGUUCGCCAUCGCGAGGAGCGAAGUACGGCGGGGUUCCUGCAAGGCAACUUGCGCCCGGCGCUCCGCUGCCUGUGCAGAGGAAGGCGCGGGUUGGGCCUCCCACCGUGAAACUCCGAUGGUCCGGCCAAUCGUUCUCUCUGAACUUGAAUGAUUUCGCUUCAAUCAGCGAGCUUCGAGCACACAUUCACCGGGUGACAGGUGUCCCUGCAAUUCGUCAGACUUUAAUCCUGGGUGGCAAAAGGCUCCCCAUCAAUGAGGACUCAUCACCGACGAUGAACGAGCCGAACUGGCAGGAAAUCAAG